AUGGAGGCGGCGGCCGGCGCGGGCCGCGGGGCGCCCCCUGGGCCCCCGAGAGCCGCCGCCGUCCCGUGCUUCGGCAUAUCGGUGGACCAGGACGACAUCCUCCCGGGCGCCCUACGCCUCAUCCGGGAGCUGCGGCCGCGCUGGAAGCCCGAACGAGUCCUGACCAAGCGCUUCACUGACGGCAUCACCAACAAGCUGGUGGCCUGCUACGUGGAGGAGGACAUGCGGGACUGUGUGCUGGUCCGAGUCUACGGGGAGCGGACGGAGCUGCUGGUGGACCGUGAGAGUGAGGUCCGGAACUUCCAGCUGCUGCGGGCUCACGGCUGUGCCCCGAAACUCUACUGCACCUUCCAGAACGGUCUGUGCUAUGAGUACAUGAGGGGCGUGGCCCUGGGGCCAGAGCACAUCCGUGAGCCCCGGCUCUUCAGGCUGAUCGCCUUAGAAAUGGCCAAGAUUCACACCAUCCAUGCCAACGGCAGCCUGCCUAAGCCCACCCUCUGGCACAAGAUGCACAAUUACUUCACCCUCGUGAAGAACGAGAUUAACCCCAGCCUGUCCGCGGACGUCCCUGAGGUCGGCGUGCUGGAGCAGGAGCUGGCCUGGCUGAAGGAGCACCUGCCUCCGCUGGACUCCCCGGUGGUGUUUUGUCACAACGACCUGCUCUGCAAAAACAUCAUCUACGACAGCAGCAAAGGUCAUGUGCGGUUCAUCGACUAUGAAUAUGCUGGCUACAACUACCAAGCUUUUGACAUUGGCAACCAUUUCAAUGAGUUUGCAGGUGUGAACGAGGUCGAUUACUCGAGGUACCCAGCGCGGGAGACCCAGCUGCAGUGGCUGCGCUGCUACCUGCAGGCCCAGAAGGGGACGGCUGUGACCCCCAGGGAGGUGGAGAGGCUCUACGUGCAAGUCAACAAGUUUGCUCUGGCGUCUCACUUCCUCUGGGCACUCUGGGCCCUCAUCCAGAACCAGUUCUCCACCAUCGACUUUGAUUUCCUCAGGUAUGCAGUGAUCCGAUUCAACCAGUAUUUCAAGGUGAAGCCUCAGGUGUCGGCCCUGGAGAUGCCAAAGUGA